UCCAGCCCACUCACACACACUUUCCCGUUAGGCACACAUCAACAGCAGUACUUAAUUUGGGAAUGGGAAGAUCAUACCAAAUAAUGAUGUUAGAGAACAAGGUUUUUUCCUGUUUUGUAUUCUAUAGUGUUCUCCUGGUAAUUAAGAUGUACAUCAUAGCAAUCAUCACUGGACAAGUAAGGCUGCGCAAAAAGGCUUUCGCGAACCCAGAGGACGCGCAGAGACAUGGUGGCCUCCAGCACUUCAGAGAGGAUCCAGAUGUAAUGCGGUGCCAAAGGGCUCACCGUAACGACAUGGAGAAUAUCAUCCCCUUCCUGUUCCUGGGGGCCGUCUACUCCCUGAUUGGCCCGUCGCUGGCCGUGGCCCGCGCUCACUUCCUGGUCUUCUUCCUAUUCCGCAUGCUCCAUACGCUGGCCUACCUCUGUGUCCUGCGGGCACCCACGCGCUCCCUGGCCUACGUGAUCGCCCAGGUGCCCUGCAUCUCCAUGGCCGUUCAGAUUCUCGCGUCCGUGUCCUCAUAUGCGUGUUCUGGUGACCGCGUCAAUCUGUGACCAAUCUCAGUGGAUGAUUAGGGCCUGAUAAGAGCAGUAGAGAAUACUGCUUGUAAGAGGGAACAGAUACUUUUCAUAUGAGGGAAAUCCUAAAGAAUACAUUGUCAUCAGACUGCAAUGCUGCAAUAGCAGUUUGUGCCUCUCAGCAAUGCUCUAUGAAGUGUACACUGUUGUGCUCUCGCUAGUACAUCUUCAUGUAGUACUGUAUUCUUUCACAUCUUAGUCACAUAGCAGACGCUUUUAUCCAGAGCAACUUGCAGAUGCCUUGCUCAAGGGCACAUAGGCAGAUGUUUCACCUAGUUGGCUCGGGGAUUUGAACCAGCAACCUUUCAGUCACUAGCCCAAUGCUCUUAACCGCCAGGCGACCUAUAUGCUACAGAAUGUUGAAGUCAAUUGACUCCCUCUGAAGGUCAUGGGGACACUACUCUCGGAAGAAAAAGGUUAACCUUUCGAUUAACGUGUAACUUUGUAACCAAUUAAUUGGGUUUUUUCAUACACAAGUCAAUGUUACUUGUUUUCAUCUUUUACAUUCUGUAUUUCUUGUCAUUCAACAAGUGGUAUUUUUGUAGUAAAGUCUGGGAUGUAGUGACCUAUUUGCUCAAACCAAUCCAGUAUUUUAGAAGUUGAACUGAAGAACAGACAUGUAUAACACAAAUAAUGUAUAAUAAUGCAUUUUUUAAAAAUGAAAACAGAAGAAAACGGUUGAAUAGCAUAUUCUAAGGAAUAUUUCUGGUGUGGUGGUCACUGUAUUUGUUUACAAAGCAUUGGCCACUAAGCUAUCACAUGAUGCAGGGUGAUGACUAUGUCAGGUAGGUCUACCACUCCUGUCGAUGGGCCCAUAGUUAUUUCUGGUCCAUUCCUGGGCCUAGAUAGGAUCUAUGGCUGCUGACUGAUCCAUAAUCAUACCAUCUACAGAUGCGGAAUCUUAAUGUGAUCAUCCUGUUGUUGCAGGAAUAUUCCUGCACAGCAAGAAAUGCAAACCAAAAAUGUAUCAACCCCUAAAAAAAAAUUCAAUUCCAAUUCACAUUUCCUGUUGCUGCAGGAUUAUUUUUCUCCUGUGUAAAACUGGCUCAGAUUGAGCCUCAACCUUUGUGGUUCUUUAGCCUGUUUACAGAUCAACUCUGGCAAGACUGCAAAAACAGAUCUUGGAUCAGGCUAAUGUUUCUAGAGUACUAUCCAUCUAUAACCAAUAGAUGGUUUGUCCAUAAAUGCAUUGUGUUUUCUACACUGCAGCCCUUUGAAGCUUGCUAGAGCAGAAGAUGAUAUUGUGUAAACCUACGUGUUUCAAUUGGGAAUCAUUACUGAACAGUUACGACACAGUUCCAACUUACUGCAACACAGUUCCAAGUUGGAACACAGUUUCAGGCCUCUGGAUUAUAAUUAAGCAAUAUGUGGCUAGGUACAAGCUUAUCAAUAGACCACCAUUAGUUCCUCAGACAGACAGACUUUUGUCCUGGAAGUUGUUCCUUCCUCUGACUUGGGGCUGCUAGGUAAUCUCAUUCGGGGCUAGGGGUAAGACAUUGGAAUCUCUGGCUGGGGGAAGGUGAUUGUCGUAGGUGGGACGGUGGGUAUUCGCUGGCCCCUCUCUCCGUGUCUGAUGGUCCAGAGUUCCAGGCAGGGCUGAGUUCCAGGCAGGGCUGAGUUCCAGCAUUCCUCUGUCGUUAUGUAAGGCCCUGGACUGGACACUGUCCACAGGAAGGGGCUAAGGGGGGAGGGGGGCUGGAAAAUGUGCAGUCAUGCAUGCUUGCUGCUAACCUACACACAGUCAUGGGCUGUAGACUCUUCCUCAUACUCAUUUAAACACGCUCUCACAUUCACACAUGGAUAUGUGCCCAGUCGGUAUCUUACUGUAUAGGUGUUCACAAUUCCAUGCAUUCUUGCACUUUACCCUCUUUAUGUCUCAUUCGUAUUAACACACUUACAUACUCUCACUGUACAUGACAAUUCAUUUUACAUACCAACUGCAAGGUAUUCAAAAGAAAUAUGUCUUUUUUUUAUGGAUGACUUCAUCCUCUAUCGAUUCAAUGUACAGUCAAUGGGAUGUUAUUGACUGUGGUAGGUAGCAGGGGACAAGCCACGUCUCUCUCUGUGUGCACAUAGCCGCGGAAAGGAGUUUGGUGGGUGGGGGGAUACCAUUUUUUAUUUGUUUUGCCCAUGCCGAGGACCGCUAUAUCGGUCCACUACUAUAGGACUUGUACUUAUUUUGUGAAAAAAUGUAAUUCAAUGUAUUUGAGUGUUUACAAGCAUUUGUAACUUGAGUCUGAUAAUUAUCUGUACAAAACAUUUAAUCUGAUAUUACUUGUGGAAUAUACAAAUAUUUGCUUAAAA